UGCAAAUAUUUUGGCAUGCUCCUAGUAGCUAGUAAACCGGCUGAUGUUAGGGAUUUAUAAACCGCCUUGUCAGCCGUUGAUUUGGUUUGACUUGGGCCGUUUGAUCUCUAGACCAGCUAGCUAUCGGCUAUCUGCACAGCAUCCUCGUUUCUCCAGGUUGCGGCAGCCCCGUCACAGACUCACAGGUCAUCUCACGGGAAACCGCCCACGAGGUCGCCAUGCACGGCCACAGGUGCAGCGCCAGGUUGCGACAACGACGCUGCUGCAACCAUCCAUUGAAGCACCGGCGAUGUUCCGGCAGCCCGACAAUGCUCCAACACAAUACCGGUGAUGCUUCGUUGCAGUACCGGCGAUGCUCCAGCGGCCGGCAAUGCUGGAACACAACACCGGUGAUGCUUCGUUGCAGCACCGGCGAUGCUCCGGCGGCUCGGCAAUGCUCCAACAUAACACCGGUGAUGCUUCGUUGCAGCACCAGCGAUGCUCCGUCGGCCCAGCAAUGCUCCAACACAACACCGGUGAUGCUUCGUUGCAGAACCUGCGAUGCUCCGGCGGCCCGGCAAUGCUCCAACACAACAACGGUGAUGCUUUGUUGCAGCACCGGCGAUGCUCCGACGGCCAAGCAAUGCUCGAACACAACACCAGUGCUGCUUCGUUGCAACACCGACGAUACUCCGACGGCCCGGCAAUGCUCCAACACAACACCGCUGAUGCUUUGUUGUAGCAGCGACGAUGCUCUGACUGCUCGGAGAUGCUUCAUUGCAGCAAUGAUGGUGUUCCGGCGGCCUCGAUGAUGCUCCGGUGAUGCUCUGCAAAGCUCCAUCCCUGCAACGGCGAUGUUCCGGCUGCCCCCGACGACGAGAUUUUUUACGCUAACAAACCACGGAGUUGAGGAAUCAGUUGCACAAGACAUGAAAGAUAGCACUACGCAGUUCUUCCGCCUGCCGCUGGACAAGAAGAAAGCAGUGGCCACCAAGGCCGGCGGGGUCGAAGGGUUCGGGCACCACUUCCUCGGAGCAUCCCGCGGGAAGCUGGACUGGGCAGAGAGCCUGGUCCUCAAGACGCAGCUGAUGGAGGAGAGGAGCAUGGAGUUCUGGCCGGCCGAUCCGGCAGCAUUUAGGUCCUCACUGGACAAGUACUCGCUGGAGAUGUCCAAGCUCACGAGCCGGCUCCUGGCGUUCAUGGCGAGCGACCUCGGGGUGGAGCCGGAGGCGCUCGCCGGGGCCUUCCGGGGCAAGAAGCAAACCGUGGCCCUGCAUCACUACCCUCCGUGCCAGCACCCGGACAAGGUGCUGGGCAUCACGCCGCACCACGACGGCCUCGGCCUGACGCUGCUGCUGCACGUGGACGACACCCCCGGCCUGCAGGUGAGGAGGGACGGCAGGUGGUUCCCGCUGGACUCGCUGCCGGGCGCCCUCGUCAUCAACGUCGGCGACAUGCUCCAGAUCCUCACCAACGGCAGAUACAAGAGCCCCGAGCACAGGGUGCUGGCGGACGCCGAGAGAGGCCGGGCGACCGCGGUGGUGUUCCAGGAGGCUUGCGUCGGCGGCAUGGUGAGGCCGCUCCCGGGGCUCGGCGACGCGAGGUACAGAGCUAUCGAGUAUGCUGAGUAUUUCGAGGGGAAUUACACGGCACUGGCUGAAGGGACGAGGUUCGUGGAUAGUCUCCAGAUCAGUGUAACGCAUGACGAGAAGGAAGUCUAAAGACGACGCCAGAAAGACAAGAUAUUGAUUUUUGGUGU